CUUUUUUUCUUUUAUCACAAUUCUUUGUUCGGUUCAUGUAAAAUCCCGGACGGACUAGACCGUUCAAAACCAGGAUAACCUUCUCUUCUAUUUCUAGAAGGAAGUUCUAUCAUACCUUCUUCCCAAUUUAGCUUCAAUGGCUGCAUCUUGUUCAAUUCAGAGCAAAUGUUAUGCAGCACCACUACACCUAAUUUCGACCUCAGGCGGAUCAAAUUUAUUCGUUCCUAAAUCCGUAUGCCCAACAAAAAGAAAACCAAAUCAGCAAGUCCAAAGAUAUCGAGCAUGUUGCCUUUUAGAAGUUGCAGUUCCUAGCAUUGAUAUUCCCUUAUCAGCUUCAAUCAACUUGACAGAUCCCAUAGAUGCAUCGGACUUGAUACCAGAGUACAUGCAAAGGUUGGUUUUAAUGGAUCUGGAUCCGGGAACAGCUAAGUUGGCAAUACCCAUAUUGGGGCCUUUACUAUCAGCAUUUUCAUUCCUGUUCAUUGUAAGAAUUGUCAUGUCAUGGUAUCCAAAGCUUCCUGUUGAGAAAUUCCCGUAUGUAGUAGCAUACGCCCCUACAGAGCCGAUUUUGACAGUCACACGCAAGGUGAUUCCUCCCCUUGGUGGAGUUGAUGUAACUCCCGUGGUUUGGUUUGGAUUGAUCAGUUUCCUUAAUGAAAUAUUAGUUGGCCCUCAGGGCCUCCUUGUCCUCCUAUCUCAACAGGUUUAGAUUAUGUAAUAAUGAAUCAUAUACAGAAUCUACAUUUUUUCAACCCCUACCUUUCACUCUCUCUGAAUAUAAUAGUUAGGGGAUGUUUCCUUUUA